AUGCGUCCAACAUCCAUCAUCACCCUUCUCGCCUCUGGAGUCCUGGCCUUGGCUCUCCCCCAGGCAACGGGCGGCUCUCCCGCCGGCGUCGAAGCAAUGCGUCACUUCGCCACAGUCGGCUCGGGAAAUACCUACAGCUACCUGCUGUCCAAGCCCGACGGUAAACCGAAGGGAACCGUCUUCCUCCUGCACGGCUUCCCCGACCUCUCGUACGGCUGGCGCUACCAGAUGCCGACCUUGACGCAGCUCGGUUAUCAGGUCGUCGCCCCAGACAUGCUCGGCUACGGCCGCACCUCGGCCCCCAAGGACGUCGGGGCCUACACCUACAAGAAAAUGACCGACGACCUCGCCGCUCUGGCAAAGCAGAUCGCUCCGGGGGAGCAGAUUAUCCUCGGCGGCCACGACUGGGGUGCGGCUAUGGUUUACCGCACCGCCCUGUGGCACCCUGAGCUCGUCAAGGGCCUCAUCACCGUCACCACCCCUUACUCGCCGCCGGCAGCCCAGUACACCGACGUCGCCGACAUGGUCAAGGCGGGUCUGACCAACUUCGGCUACCAGGUUGCCAUGCGUGACCCUGCCAUCGAGGCUAAGCUGCAGACCAAGGACCAAAUCCGCCAAAUGCUGCUGGCCAUGUAUGGAGCGCAGACGCCGCAGGGCCAGCCCGGCUUCACGGCCGAGAAGGGCCUGCUCUUUGACAACUUUGCGUCCCUUGGCUCGAGCCCACUCCUGUCUACCACGGAUCUCGAGUACUACGUCAACGAGUAUGUCAACAGCACGGUCGCGGCGCCGUUGCACUGGUACCGCACAGCGAAGCUCAACUGGCAAGACGAGCAGAGCUUGGUGGCAGCCGGCGGCAAGAUCAAGGUCCCGACCCUCUUCAUCACCGCGACUCAGGACACAGCCCUGCCGGCCAGCCUGUCGGUUGGCAUGGAGAAUUACUUUGACAAGCUGACCAGGGGCACUGUCGACUCUUCGCACUGGGCGCUGUGGCAGGGCGCUAAGAACGUCACGACCCAGAUUGCCACUUUUAUCGCUAGCUUUUAA